CGCUCUCCCGCGUGAGAUGGCGGGCGCGCGCGCGCUCUUGCGAGUGGGAGGGAGCGAGGGAGCCUUUCCACGGCACGGCACGGCACGACACGGCACGGCACGUUCCCGCGAAAGCGGUAUAGUGGCUGCAACUGCCGUCGUGCGGGAGACAUGGUGGAGAAGCAGGCGGAGCCGCGGCUUCCCUUACGGCGUUGAAGCUCCAGCUCUCCGAAAGUUGUCCUGCAAAGGAGCACUUUGGGAAUUGAGUGACAGUGGGCUACGCAAGGUGUGGCGCUCCCUAUGGGCUCGACUGGAGCAGAGAGACGCCGGCAGGCCACGCCUGCUGCCACACCUGAAGGGAACGUCGUGAUGAGUUUCAGCUUUGAGAGCUACCAGCUGGAGGAGGAGGAGUUCCAGUCUAAAGAUAUCCCAGAUAAAGGGAUCCUGACCUUCACAGAGCCAGUGUUUGAGGAACCUACUCCAGAUGACCGCUACCAUGGCAUUUACUUUGCCAUGUUGCUCGCUGGGGUGGGCUUUCUGCUGCCCUACAACAGCUUCAUCACUGACGUUGACUACUUGCACCAGAAGUUUGAAGGAUCGUCCAUCGUGUUUGACAUGAGCCUCACCUACAUCCUGGUGGCUUUGCUGGCUGUGGUUCUGAACAAUGCCCUGGUGGAAACACUGGGUCUGCACACCAGGAUUACUGUAGGGUACCUCUUUGCCCUUGGACCGCUGCUGUUCGUCGCCAUCUGUGACGUCUGGUUGGAGCAGUUCACCACCAAGCAAGCCUAUGUCGUCAACUUGGUGGCAGUGGGAGUUGUGGCUUUUGGAUGUACAGUUCAGCAGUCCAGUUUUUAUGGUUAUAUGGGGAUGCUUCCAAAGAGGUACACCCAAGGAGUGAUGACUGGCGAGAGCACUGCUGGCGUGAUCAUAUCCCUGAGUCGCAUCUUCACCAAGCUUCUGAUCAAGAACGAGAAGAAGAAUACAAUUAUCUUCUUCCUCAUUUCUAUCGGCAUGGAGCUCAUGUGCUUUAUGCUGCACCUUCUGGUGCGCCGCACGCGUUUUGUGCGGUACUACACCAGCCUUGCCCGGCAGGGCCUGAUGGAGGUCAAGGGUCACACAGAGCGGCGCAUCGGAUAUCAAGUCCACCAUGACGUCAGUACAGAAGAAGUAAGAUUUGAUGAUGGAGCUCCGGGUAUCUUGCCCGCUGAUGGCGAGCUUGCUAGUAGCAGCAGCUAUGUGAGAUUUGAUGUCCCCAAACAAAAAAUAAAGAAAAGCUGGCCUAGCAUUAGAGACAUGAUCCUGCACCGGUAUGUGGUGUCUCGUGUGAUCUGGGCUUACAUGCUCUCCAUUGCGGUCACCUACUUCAUCACCCUCUGUCUGUUCCCGGGCCUGGAGUCGGAGAUCCGCAAUGCCACCUUGGGGGACUGGCUGCCUAUUCUCAUCAUGGCCAUCUUCAACAUGUCUGACUUUGUGGGCAAGAUCUUGGCUGCUGUGCCUUAUGACUGGAAAGGUGGCCGGCUCCUUCUGUUCUCCUGUGUCAGAGUGGUCUUCAUCCCACUCUUCAUCAUGUGUGUGUACCCGGUGCAGAAGCCCACUCUGAGCCACCCUGCCUGGCCCUGUCUCUUCUCCCUCCUCAUGGGCAUCAGCAAUGGGUACUUUGGCAGCGUGCCCAUGAUUCUGGCAGCCAGGAAAGUGGUGCCAGAGCAGAGAGAGCUUGCAGGAAAUACUAUGACUGUGUCCUACAUGACAGGACUGAUGCUGGGUUCUGCAGUUGCCUACUUUGCCUACAGCUUCACUUCUCAGGGUUCCGUCCUCAGCUCAGAAGCUCUUCAUAAUUUCACCUCAGGGUACUGAGUCAGGAAGCCCUCCAAUCAGCACCCUGUGCUACCCUGUGUCACUCGACCACAAACAGUCAGUCAUUCCUGCUGAAAUCUAGCCAUUGCAGUGGCUCUGUUUUCAAACCCAAAAUGUCCACCACAGAGCUUUCCAUCCCAACUGAAGCUUCAUGGCAGGCGUUCUUGGACUGUACUAACAGACUGCAUAUGCAUAUACAGUGUGUAAUAUAUAUAUAUUAUAUGUAUAUGUGUAUAUGUAUAUGUAUAUGCAUAUGUGUAUAUAUAUAUGUAUAUAUAUGUUUAUAUAAAUUCCUGUCAACAUAUACAGUAUGCAUACUUGCAUACACACCCUUCCAUACACAUUUGCUUUGUUGUACUGUCAGAGUUCCACUGUUGGAACUUGACACUGUCUAUGUCGUCUGCCUUGACGUGACCUAAGCCCCGAAGCAGUGCCACCUUCACCGUAUGAGAUUUGCACAUCAAAGCUCCCUGCUGACCUGUUUCGCUGCUUCAUUUCAUCUAGACAUGGGUUUUACAAACCGUGCUGUUUGAAGCGAACUCUGCAGUUUCCCCAGAGGCUCUCUCACAUUAGAUCUCUCUUCCAAGAAACUCAUUUUUGGUGAGAGCAAUCCUCAUGGUGUCUUUGCUUACGUAAAUGUUUACUGCUGUAAAUAAUAAAUACAUCUUUUUCUAUUCUGUGGUCUGUGACUAUUGAUGUGAAGUUGGACUUCUAGUGACGAAGUGCACCAUGAUCUCAUGGGAAGCUGUUUCAGUACGAAAGGGGAGCUCAUUGGGGUGUU